AUGAGCGCCGAACCGCCCGAGCAGCUGCUCGAUGCCUUCAAGGCUGCCGCGCUCUCCGUCACAAAACUGUAUAAAAUCUCGGCUUCAGCGCAGACCAAAGCUCGAACAGAUGGCUACCAGGACUGUCUCGACGACCUGCAAUCCUUCCUCGACAGAGAGAACAUCGGCUUGGGUGAUGGAGAAGGCCGGAGGGUACGGAGGUGGUUAACCGACCGGCUGGAGGGGCGGGACGGGGUGCCUCAGAGCAUGGAGAGUGAGGACGAGGUCGAGAAGGCCGAGACGACAGCAUCGUCGCCAGAGACGCACCGAUCGACCAGCGCAACACAACUACCGGCCCUGCGGAACGAGGCAACUAUGCGAGACUCUGCACCGCCCGUGGUCCAGCCUGUCACUACAAUAGCGGAGGAGCCCGAGCCUGAGAUUGUCGUUCCCACGCAAGAAACAUUCAAUUUCCAGUCAUCGCAUCCCUACCCGCCCUACCUCAACCUGGCCAACCUCGACCUGUCAGACUCCCACAGCGCUACGGCCGCCCCCGUGUCCAGGUCGUCAAGAACACGGCAUGGGAACGGUGCGCGGACGAACUCCAGAUCAGCAAGCCACCUGGGCCGAGGGGCUGGACAGAAACGGAAAAUCAACUUUGCCGAGAUAUUCGACUUGGGUAGCCUAGGUUCUGGCAAAGACCCGUUCGGCAAUGGUGGCAAGCGGAGUCGACACACAUGA